AUGUCCCCCGCCAGGUCCGGAUCGCUUGGCCUGGUCCUGCUCGCCCACACCACUCGCUGCAUCAUCACGAUCUCGUAUUUCUGCAUCGACCUGGCCAACGCCAACCUCCGCCUUUUUUCUCUUUGGGCCAAGUCUUGUUUUCUCGCGGCUCGUCUCAACUUCCAUUCCUUCACUCAGUCCAUCGCCAUCAUUGUUGCCUCUUCAAAGCACGCCCUUGGAGCCAGCCAGGUAACUAUCACCGUCCUCAUUUGGGCGAUUCCCUACAUCAUUUUCCUUGAGUGCGUCCUGUAUUUUGCCGCACUCAUCAUUCUGCUGGAAAAAUGCGAGACCGUCUAUCUGCAUCUUCGUUCCUCCCGCUUCGGAACCGCAAUUCUCGGGGACCAAAACACACCACGUCGCGCCCAACCAUCUCAGGACCUCUUGGGCCUGUCCAGCGUAGCAGCGGACCGGAUCUUGAGCGUGCCGAAGCAAUCACCGUCGUUUCGAGCAUCGACGACACCGAAAAACAAUACUCAGACAUCUCCCAGCCGACCUCGGACGCUGAUUCGGCAAGAGGCCAUUCGACUAUUGGCCCUACUCGACAAGGUGCGGCAAGAUAUCCUAUCCGGUCGUGGAAGCUACCAACCAUAUCUCGCUUCUCAAAGACAAGCUACUGUCAAAGAUCGUCGAGUAUUGGGGGAGAUUUCCCACGCCAACGCUGACAAUACGCGCAUUCCAUAUUCAGAUGAGGCCGCUCUUACGCAGUGCGAGAGACUUCAUUCCCAAGAGAACCAGCUCAUAUCGCCAUCGGGAACAGCAGCCCAAUUGUCCGUGGCAAGAUCUCAUGGAGUUAGACGACUGUCAGCCAGUUUCACCACAGGCGGACCGUUGUCCAGCAAUCCAACUGUCGCCAGCUUCCCCGUCAUGGCCGUCAAAAACACCACACACCUGCGAGGGCCGCCUCAUACAUCUGUGCCUCCCGAAAUCGAAAGAGGUGCGGAAGAGACGAUUGAAAGUUCUGGCGGAAACAGCCCUGAACUCGGAGGUCGUCAAAAGCAAUCAAGAUCGCCCAAAGGCGGAAUAGAGAAGCAGCGACUGCCCAAGUCUCGCACUUUUACCGUUUUGUCCAACCUCACCGCCUCUCUCUCUAGAACAUCUCUAGCCAGCUUCACGGGAAGUGAUCGUAAGGCCUCUCUGCAGACUGUGGCAUCUCGCAAGACCAGCAGUUCUUCGACUCUUACAACUAGCAUUCCGACUAGAACCCCUACCCCCAUGUCUCCUGAGGUCAACCCACUCAUCAUUACGACAGCGCAGCCAUCGGCUUACUGGUCAGGUCGUUUCAUGUCUUUACAGGAUCGUUUCCAAGGUGAAUCCCUUCAAGAGCAGACUCUAUCAAUCUUUGUCACAGCCCACGCCUCCAAGGCCAGUAUUCUUGCCCAACAACGUGCCGCCUAUCAAGGCCGUGGCAAUCUACCUCUCAGCACCACAACAGCCCUCGACCGCUACGGCACUGCCGCUUUCCAAGAAGCUAAGCGACUCUCGGACGAAGAUAAUCGCAGUCUCCGCAUCUUCCUCCACCUCCAAGCACUUUGCGGUACACCCGAGGCCAAGAAAAGCUUGCACGCAUGGCAAGAGGCGUAUGCCCGAAGAAUGGGACGCAGCGUGCUCCUGCCAGAAGGCACGAACUCGGACAGGGGGUUCGUUGCGCGGCUUUUCAGUGGAAGCGGAGGUGGAAGACGGAGCUUCGGCAGCUCCCAGUUGGAGAGAGAGGCUGGCAAAGGCAAGCAAGGGAACGUCAUGCGAGCAAGCAUUAUGUGA